AUGGCUGAAGGCUUCCAAACAAAUGUACACGACCAAGUUGGCGGAAGGUCUCCAGACUCGGAUCAAACGUGUGCCGACGAUAACGUUCCCGGUCGGAAGGGGAAACGUUGUGAUCCAUGUAGAACCAACGGGAGGUGGAAUGAUGCGGUGGUGCUGUGUAAAACCUGCCAACAACACCAGUGUGAGGAGUGCACAAUGAACCACUCCUUGAAUGACAUAAUGGUUGGACACGAUCUACAAGGUUUGGAAGAAGGCCAAAGUAAAAUAUGCAUCAAACACAAGCAGGAUGUAAACAUAUACUGUGUAGACCACGAUGAAAUGUGCUGUGGACUCUGUGGUGUAAUGUACCAUAAGCAGUGCACUGAAGUCACAGAUAUCAAAUCAGGUGGGAAAUUGUCGCUUUCAAAUAUUCGUGGAUUGUGUGAAAAUAUUGAAAAAGGUGAUGAAAAACGAAUCCAAGAUUACCACAGCCAGGUUAAGGUCAUUCCCGAACAAAUUGACAUCAUGAAGAAUGAAAUAGAUAAACUGUUUGAUGAUUUCAAGUGCAACGUUGUUCAGAGUACCCGUGAUGCAGUCAAGAUUGAAUCAAAGAAAAUAGCUGACGCGAAAAUAAAUCGAACGGCCAUUACUAAAGAUACUGAUACAACAUUAGCUACAUACAGUGAUGAUUCCUGUAGAAUGCAUCUGUUUACCAAAAAAAUAAGACAACACAAAAAUACGAUUUCCAAACAGGAGUCCGACCAAUAUGUUCUGGAUAUCAUUUUCGAAAUCAACAAGUCAUUGCUUUCUGUCGUACACAACGGAGAUGCCAUCGGUUCACUCCACUUGGAGAAGACGUUCACCAAGGCAACAGCCGGGUCGUUUGUACGUCUCGUAAAGUUACGUCUGUUGGUGUCAACAGAUAUGAAGCAGUAUGGGGAUAAUGAUAAGAACCCUUCCAUCUCUGGACUUGACUUUCUUCCUGAUGGCAGGAUUGUUGCAGUAGACAAUAUCAAUAUGAAACUUCUGAUUUGCGGCGACAGCUGUCUCCUACAGGGAGAGUGA